UCACACCCCUAUAAGCUCCCCAGCCAGAACCAGGCUGUUUCUGUCCUGUCAUCCAUCAGAAGGAAACAGAUGAGGAGAGUCUGACGGAAAUACAUCUCAUAAUAAGGAGUUAAUGGAGAACAUAUUUGCGCCUCCGCUCACUCUCCGCGGGAUCUCCGCGCGCCGCAAGGACGCGCUCCGGCUGGGGAUGCCCUUCCACGUCGACGCCGCCUACCUGGACCAGGGGUUCCCCUGCGGGCGGCUGCCCUGCUUCCCCUUCCCGGCUCCCUUCGGCGUGUGCGAGUUCUCCUUCGAGCCCGCGUUCAUCCAGAAGCGGAACGAGCGCGAGCGGCACCGCGUGCGCUGCGUCAACGAGGGCUACGCGCGCCUCAGAGAGCACCUGCCGCAGGAGCUCGACGACAGGCGGCUCAGUAAAGUGGAGACGCUGCGAGCGGCCAUUGACUACAUCAAGCACCUGCAGGGUCUGCUGGACGUCGACGUCUCCCGGGUGGAGGUGUCGCUCAGGGAGGCGCGCGCCUGCGAGGCUCUUCGGCGGAGGACAGAGUGCGGAAGUGACGGAGAGUCCAAGGCUAGCGCGAGCGACAGCGGGGACAAUGUUUACUGAAGACUUCCUGAAACUAAAAUGUAGGUAAAGAGAUGGGGGAAAAAAAGGGUUGAAAUUACUCAACAACAACAACAAAUAAAUAAAUAAAUAAAAUACAUUUUAAAAAAAGGAAAAAUAAAAAAUCUCAAAGCUGAAUACAUUUAUUCAGUUAAGAAAAACAAAAUAGGUUUUAACACAAUCACUCGUGCAGCACGCCCACAGCAUGACAGGUCUUUCACCCUGUUUUGUGGUGAGCACGAAUUUAAUAAUGUGGCACAAAUAAUGAAAAAAAAAACUUUGUGAGAUUUCAGAGGCAGCAGCAGCAUUUGUGUUUCUAUUCUUUUACAAAUUAAAUCAAUGAACUCACACUUAAAUUUAGUUUUAGAAAAAUCUCAUGAAACCGGAAUUUAUACACACAACUAUCCGCCGAACUUCUCUGAAUUUCAUCUAAAUUCUGUUUAAAAUAAAACAUUGCUUUAUUUACUUAGGCUGUUACAUGACAAGGGAAUGCCUGGUAGAGUAACAAAAAAUAAAAACUAUAUGCAGAUACAUCAUGGCAGUGACCUCUCUAAUAUGCCAACAGAAGGCUUGGCAAAUACAAUAAAAAUAAAACAAAUUUAUUAGCAGGCUAUCCCUGGUAAAUUUUAAAAUAUGCAAAUAUUUUAUGUGUAUCUCAUUAAAAAAGGUUUAUUUUUGAUAGGAUUAGACAAUAUACUGAGGUAAACAACAACUAUUUUAUUACGGUUUAAAAUUAUUUUUAACCCCCUAAUAGUGAGAAAUAUUUUUCCAUGUUUAACUGGCAUUUUUAUUUAUUUAACAUUGGGGAUGAGGUCCAAGUCCAAACCUCCUUACCAUCACCUUGAUUUUUAUCUCCCCUCACAGUUUCUCUACCAAUUUCAUGUGUUUGACUUCAAAAUAAUACAAUUUACAGUCAGUUGUUCAAGUUAAAAGUUUUCUUUAGACUUAAGUCCGUCAGGGCCUAAAUAUGCAAUUAUGUCAACAUCACAACAAGAAAAACAUUCUCCUUUACGAAGAAAUGAAUGUUUUGCGUAGGCUGCAAAAUGAACAAAUAAUAAACUUAUUUUAAUUGCAAAAGUUUGUUCAAACUCAGCUGAAACUGUUUUUGUAAUGUUAAGAAAAGUUUUUCACAACAAAAAGGUGGUGCAUUUAAUCUUCUAAGCAAACUUUAAAUUAAAAGAAAAAGGUUUUAUACUAAAUAAUUCAUAAUGUUAAUUUGUAAGCUUCUUGUUUAAUAACAGUUACAUUUGAUGGUGUGAAAUUACAUUGUAAAGGUUUGCUCAGACAUUUAUUGAACGUUGCAGGAGAUAAGGACUGUUGUAAGUACAGCUUUACAUCUUGUCGCAAGAGUUUAAGUUUGUUUAGCUGCAGGACUAAUGCUAAAUCAACUGUGCAACAAGUUGAGCUUCUUAGCGGUGGUUGGCCAGGAAAAGGUAUUCGUGCAACUUAGGUAGAACAUAUUUACUAAUGUUUUAUGCUUUAAAGCAAAAGACACAAAUGCAAAAGUGAAAUGAUCAUCAAAACCAGUAAGAAACGUAAACUGAUCUAGUAUAUUAAUAAAAUUGGGUGGAACUUGUGCUUUUUAUCUGGCAGUAAAUUACUUCUAGUCAGAAAUAAUGAUCAGUAUCUGGUAAAAAUAAAUGUCAUAAAAACAAU